AUGGGCACCUUAUCCCAGGCCGACGAGGCCCAAUUGAAGGCGCAACUCCAGGACGCCGUCAUCGGGUGUACAGAGCGCUGUCUCUACCACUCUGCGAAAUGGGCCGCAGAACUACUCGAUUCGCUCCCCUCGGCCGAUGAUGACGACGACAACGCCUCGGACACCGACGUUGACUCUCCCAUGUCCGACGCCCAACCUCCACAAACACCCAACCUCAUACGGAAAGACCCCACGGAAGCGCGUUUGGAAGCACGUGAAGCGCACAAGUUCCUCCUCGCCAAGACUUACUUCGACUGCCGUGAAUAUGACCGAUGCGCCGCCGUCUUCCUGCCUGGCCCUUUACCCAAGGGCGCGUCGCAGCCACCUUCCACGCCUACUGCCAAGUCGAAGCAGGGGGCCAAGGGAAAGGCGAAGAUGGUCACCCCGUCCAAGUCGAAGCUUUCCAACGACACAAUGAAAGGCAUCAGUCAAAAGUCGUUGUUCCUUGCGCUCUAUGCAAAGUACAUCGCUGGGGAGAAGCGUAUGAACGAGGAUAGUGAGAUGAUUCUUGGUCCUCAAGAUGGCGGCGUGACUCUGAACAAGGAGCUACCGACAGUCGCCGCUGUUCUAGAAGAAUGGUUCAGAGAUCUGCCUAACAGCGGACGGCAACCGCAGGGCUGGCUAGAGUACCUGUAUGGCAUGGUGCUGGCCAAGGGAAAGAAUGAGCAACUUGCCAUCGACUACCUCAUCAAGAGUGUUCACCAGUAUACUUACAACUGGGGUGCGUGGCAGGAGCUGCAAGCACUACUCAGCACUAUGGAAGAGCUUAACAACAUCGUCACACGGCUACCACAGAAUCUGAUGACUUUCAUCUUCCACGUUACGUCGUCUCAGGAGCUCUAUGUAGUCAACGAACAGAUUCACACCUCGCUGUCGCAAAUUCUGACCAUCUUCCCCUCAUCGGCUUUUCUAAAGACCCAGCGGGCGUUGCUGCAUUACCACAAUAAAGACUUCGACGACGCCGAACAGAUCUUUUCCGACUUGCUCAUAUCAGAUCCACACCGCGUCGAUCAUCUGGACAACUACUCCAACAUCUUGUACGUGAUGGGCAUGCGACCCAAGCUUGCCUUCUUGGCUCAGCUUGCCACAGCAACCGACAAGUUUCGGCCAGAGACCUGCUGCGUGGUAGGAAACUACUACUCCCUGAAAUCGGAGCAUGAGAAGGCCGUCAUGUACUUCCGGAGAGCUCUGACUCUUGAUCGGACGUUCCUUUCUGCCUGGACGCUCAUGGGUCAUGAGUUCGUUGAGAUGAAGAACACUCAUGCUGCUAUUGAGUCAUACCGUCGUGCUGUUGAUGUCAAUCGUAAAGACUACCGCGCAUGGUAUGGACUUGGUCAAACAUAUGAAGUGCUGGAAAUGCACUCAUACGCUCUCUUCUAUCACCAGCGCGCCGCUGCUCUACGACCUUACGACCCGAAGUUAUGGAUGGCUGUCGGCCAAUGUUUCGGUAAAGUGGGCAAGAUCAUGAACGGUAUCCGAUCAUACAAGCGCGCCUUAGUGGCAGGCUCAUACUAUGACGCUGGUGUUGGUGCCUCUUUCGGCAGCGGCGAAGUCACUGGCCUUGGGGGUGGUAUCCUCGAUCCAGAAGUACUCUACCAAAUCGCCUUGCUGUACGAGAGGAUAAACAAUAUGAACGAAUGCGCUGCAUAUAUGGAACUGGUGCUCGCACAAGAGGAAGGCCCAGAUUACGAGGAAGUGGGCUCCGAAGGCGCUGGUGGUGUUGGGGUCACUGCAACCACUAGUAAAGCCCGGCUCUGGCUCGCUCGAUGGGAGUACAUGCGUGGCAUGUACCAGCGAGCUAUGGAAUUGGCAAAUGAACUUUGCCAAGAUGGUGUAGAAGUUGAAGAUGCAAAAGCGCUAGUAAGGGACAUUAGAGCGCGUAUGGAGCGUGGUGGAGAGGACGCAGAAGAUUGA